AUGUCGGAGCCAUUUCAGUGGACUCCGGAGCAGGUCGGCUUUUACAGCGGAUUCGGUAACUUUGUCAUGGCUAUCUCUUCGCUGAUCCUCACGCUGAUCACCGUAUGGUUAAUGCGUUCCAAGCCGAGUCCCAGCGAUGUCCGCUCCAGCUCCAUAGUCCAAAGCCUAUCCGGAUCAAAUGUAGCCUUAUUGGAUGCGAACGACCCACCGGACCCUCCAGCUGGGAGGGUGGAGACUACUUCACCAUACGAUUUACCGAGUUGGCUCGUUCUGCGGUCACGUCGCCGCAUGCUGAUCUACACGUCAUGUGGCCUGUCUUUGCUCACUCUGAGCAAACUGGUGAUGGGCUCUUCAUUCAAACUGCGUCCCCCUUGGUGUCAUGUGGCCGUUCUUGUCGCUCUCUUCAUCAGUUUCGCCAGAGGGGCGAUUACCUCGACCCUCAAGUCUUUCUUGUCAUCGGUACAUUCACCCGAAGGACAGGGCCGGUUAUUCUCUCUUGUUGGUGUCGCGGAAUACUGCGGCAUGUUGGUCGGUUUGCCUGGUUUCGCUGGGCUCUACGGAGUCACUGUAUCCGUUUGUCCCGGUGCCGUCUACUUCUUCUCCGCCGGUCUGAUCCUGGUCACCGUGGCUCUAACUUUGUGA